AAGCUUAGAUUCUGAUAAAACGUUCGUCGAGUCACCAGUCACUCGCCAGUCAAUCACUUUGUAAUUAUGUCCUGUCCAACAGUUCGUUAGUGGCCGACAAUGUGAUUCUUUUAACGACCUGUUGAUUCUGAGACGACAACAACAAUGGCUUAUUUGUUAAAAAACCUGUCAAACAGUAUUUGGCAUGCAUUUUACGCACUACAGACUGACGCGACAGGCAUUGUCGCGAAAUCAAAAUUAAAGGUUUUGACAGCCAAUUUUGGAACACUCAUGGAUCUCUAUGGAGUCGAGAAGGGACUUGAUGACUACCGUAGCACUCAAUGGCUAGCUUUUGACCAGUUUUUAUACUACCUUCAAAAAGAAGUAUUUUGUUCCAUUACAGACGCAACACCCAUACAAGCCACUAGGCUCCUCGAAGAACGGAUAGAUGAAAUAUGCUGGCUACUCUCUCGAAAAAUUUAUUCAGAGCAGAAACACAGAGUCUUUGAAGACCGCAGUGUUUAUCAAUUGUUCCGGAUAUUCUGUCUACUUGCAGAAAUGGGAACAGACAAUACUGAUUCCGCAUAUCUAAUCACUAUGCACAGCAGUGAAGUUGCUCAGAUAGCAUCACAGCUAGUUACCUCAUUGGGUCUUCAUUGGGAUGCAACUGACUUUGCAGAGUUAUCCGCAGCAUUAACUUCGUUUAGAUUCCCCACAUUUCUGGCAGUUUUGGAGACCAAGUAUAGCGGUGGUGGAACUCUGGAUUCAGCUGCUGUGAGCGAGGCUAUUGACGACCUUUAUCAAAUUUACGUUAACGACGUCAUUAAAAAAGGAUAUUUGCUCAAGAAAGGAUUCCUUUUACCAACUACGAGAUACUACUGGUUUGUGCUUCGACCGGGGGAACUAAGUUAUUACAAGGAUGCUCAACAAAAAGAACCAGCUGGUGUGAUAACUCUUAAUAUAAACUGUUGGGCUGAUAGUGUUAAUGCCUCUGGCAAGCCUGACAGGAAAUUUAUUCUGAGUACCCCAGAACACAGGGCAAUUGAGCUAAUUGCGGAGGAUCAUAGAGGCCGGCUACAGUGGUUAGCUGCGUUACAAAUUGCCAUUGACCAUUCUGGGGAAAGAAUUAGCUAUCAAAGAAGUCUAGCCAUUCAAAGAAGAUCCAUGCGGCUGGCUGAAAAACAACAGAAAGAAGAAACAGGGAUUGAACUACAACAUGAACGUCAGGCGAGGAUUGCUGCGGAAAUACAAGCCAGGAAACUUGAAGCGUUAUCGAGAGAAGAAGGCGCUAGGGUGCAGGAACUCGAGGAAAUAAAAGAAAAGCUGGAAACGCUUCUGCAGGAAGAAAAACAAGCAUUACAAGAUGAAGAAAUAGUUCGGAACCUACAAUCCAAAAUUCUGCAAGAAGAAUGGGAAAGACGGGAGCAGUUGGAGAAACUACAGCAAGAACAACAAGAGUUACUCGAGUCCGAAAGAUUGAAGCGUCUUGAGUUUGAACGAAGGCAGCAAGAAAAUGAAGUUAAAUUACAAGAAGCUGCAGCAAGGCUCGAGCAGCUGGAAGCUGAAAGACAGAAUCUGGAUGCUGAGUUGACGUUUGUACGAGAAAAAGUAAGGAAAGCCGAAGGUGCUCAGCUAUUGUUAGAGGCACAAAUUGUUGUUACAAGACCGUCGAGAAGUGGUGACAGAAUCAGACGAACGCAAAGCUUGAUCCCGACUCCAAGGGAGAGAUCUGAGAUAUUACAAAAUGAAAAAGAAAGAGGUGUUUCCAUACAGGAAAAUGCUCCUCCAGUUGUUCAAACACCUCUUAAAAAAUACUCUAUGCAUAUUUUAUAAACCCGAACAUUUCUGUCAGUAUCCACUGACAUAGUAUUAAUAUUCAAGUAAAAUUGUACAGUUCCUUCGAUUCGAAUCUGGCCCUAUUGGUAGUGCUCACCAUUUGCCAUUGAGAAAACUAGGUACUCCAGGGUAAUAAGUUGAUUAGUUUCAAAAUAUUUUAGCCAUCAUGUGUUUUCGUUAGAAAAUUUAUUUUAUUCGUCGAAAGUGUUGACUAUUUAUGCCAUAAAUUUGCAUUCCUUAUCAAUAGCUAUAUUGUAUAUAUUUAGUGCUUAUCUUUGAUUGAAGAUUAUUCUAUGUGUAUAGAUGUACCUAUCCAGAGAAAUAUAUUUUGUACAAGGAGUUUACAUCUAACAGGGUAAAUUAUUGAAUAAUAAAUUUAUAUAAUCAUUGUA